CUGCCGCACUUCAUCUCCUGGGUGGUGCUGGGCGGCAUCAUCAAGGAGCUGCUGUCUCCGCAGCGCGGGGUGGUGCCGUACCUCAUGGCCGCCGUCGGGCUGGAGCCCAUCAACUUCCUGACCAACCCCCCGACGUUUCCGGGCGCUGCUGGUGGCGACCGGCGUCUGGCAGGGUGUCGGCUUGGGGUUCGAUCAUCUACCUGGCCGCGCUGUCGGGGAUCGACCCCGAGCUCUACUGAGAGCGCAACCGUCGACGGCGCGAACCGGCUGCAGACCGCGCUGCGCGUGACGUUGCCGGCCCUGAUCCCGGUCAUGACGAUCCUGUUCCUGCUGCAGAUAGGCAACAUCCUGGAACAGGGAUGGGAUCAGAUCUUCAACCUGUACAACGACGUGGUGGUGUCGGUCUCCGACGUGUUCGAGACACUGGUCUACCGGUCUGGCAUCGAGGGUGCCAAGUACUCUUACGCCACCGCCAUCAACCUGUUCCAGAACGUCGUCGGGUUCGUGCUGCUGAUCGCGGCCAACCAGAUCGUGCGCCGCUACAACGAGUACUCGAUCUGGUGA